AAAUAAAAACGAGAAAAAUCACUCCUUUGAUCUUCGUCUGCAUCGCCGCUGCGUCUCGCUAGCUAGUGAGAACUCUCUCUACCUCUCUUUCGAUCUUGAUCUUGAUCUUGAUCUCAAUCGGAAAUUAGUAUCGUUUGUCUUUGAUCUCAUACCUUGUGGAUAGAUCAUUGAAGGUAUGGCAUCAUCUGAUAAUCCUGAAGUUGUUGAAAGAGAAGUGAAGGAGAAAGAGCACAAGGAGGAAGAGAAGGAUGAAGAGAAGGGUGGAUUCAUUGAAAAAGUCAAGGACUUCAUCCAUGACAUAGGAGAGAAGAUUGAGGGGGCUAUUGGCUUUGGAAAACCAACUGCGGAUGUCUCCGGAGUCCACAUUCCACAUAUCAGUCUGGAGAAGGUUGAUAUUGUUGUAGACGUACUGAUCUCAAACCCAAAUCCGUUGCCAAUUCCUUUGUGUGACAUCAAUUAUUUAAUUGAGAGUGAUGGAAGGAAGCUUGUGUCUGGGAUGAUUCCUGAUGCAGGAACCAUCCAUGCACAUGGUUCAGAAACUGUCAAAAUUCCAGUGACUUUGAUCUUUGAUGACAUCAAAAAAACAUAUCAUGAUAUCAAGCCUGGGAGCAUCAUCCCUUACAAAAUCAAGGUUGAUCUUCUUGUAGAUGUGCCCAUUUUUGGAAGGCUUACCCUGCCACUAGAGAAGACCGGUGAGAUACCCAUCCCAUACAAGCCAGAUGUUGAUCUUGAGAAGAUACACUUUGAUAAGUUCUCUUUUGAAGAAACGGUAGCCACCCUCCAUCUGAAAUUAGAGAAUAAAAAUGACUUUGACCUUGGACUGAAUGUUUUGGAAUAUGAAAUCUGGCUUUCUGAUGUGAGCGUUGGAUCUGGUGAGAUGAACAAAUCUACAAAAAUUGAAAAGCAAGGAAUAACUAAGAUGGAGAUUCCAAUCACAUUUAGGCCUAAGGACUUUGGUUCUGCCCUUUGGGAUAUGAUUAGGGGAAGAGGUACUGGUUAUACAAUCAAGGGACAUAUAGAUGCGGAUACUCCAUUCGGGUCAAUGAAGUUGCCAAUUAGCAAGGAGGGUGGGACCACGCGCCUCAAGAAAAAUAGGGAUGAUGAUGAUGAUGAUGAUGAUGAGGAAUGAUGAACUACCAUCAGGUCUUUGGUUUGCUGCCUGUUGAUUUUAAUAGUGAAGCGAUCUACCUUGUGAACAAUAAUAUGUUAGUAUGUCUGUACUAGAGUCUGUGAAAUGCUUUUGUGUGCUUCUGUCAUCUGUUCUGAGAGCUACUUUUAUUAUGUUCUCAUCUAUAUAUGACCAGAACAAUAUGAAUUAUGCUUCUCGUCUUAUACUUGAGUUGCAUUAAGGUUGAAGUAUCAUUGGACUUAUGCAAUCAAUUUCCGAUCAGUUGUUUUCCAACUCAUUUA